CGAACACACAACACGCAAACACCUUUCGAGGUUGCUGGAUUUGGCCGUAGAGCCAAACCUAUCCUUGUUCUUCAAUAUUCUUUUUCCGGCAGUGCUCACUUCUGAGCUUUUUACCUGCCUACUUCUCAACUGUUUGUAAAGUUUCUGCAUCCGUCGAAUUUUCUGGAAAUUCCAAUAGACUAAUAAGUCUCCGCUGAAAUCUGUUUCUCUCCAAAAAGAAACAAAGAAAUUGAGAGUUUGUAGGGGUCAAGCUAAGGAAGAGAGAAGCUUGUGAGCUGCUACUAAGUUUCAUUCAUUCAACCAGUAUGUGGAGGCUUAAGAUUGCCCAGGGUGGUGAUCCCUAUCUAUACAGCACCAACAACUUCAUCGGACGGCAGAUUUGGGAGUUUGACGGCGAUUACGACACGCCGGAAGAACUCGCCGAGGUUGAGAAGGCUCGUGAGGAGUUCAGGAAGAACCGACACCAUGUGAAGCCCAGCGGUGAUGUCUUACUACGCUUGCAGCUCUUGAAGGAGAAUAAGUUUGUUCAGACUAUACCCCCAGUAACGAUAGGAGACAAUGAGGAGAUAUCCUACGAGGCUGCCACUGCUGCACUUAGGAGAGCCGUCCGGUUCCACUCCGCAAUACAAGCAAGUGACGGCCAUUGGCCGGCGGAGAACGCGGGCCCACUAUUUUUCCUUCCACCGUUGGUGAUGUGUUUAUACAUUACGGGACAUCUUAACACAGUCUUUCCAGCAGAACAUCGCAAAGAGAUUCUUCGAUACAUAUACAAUCACCAGAAUGAGGAUGGAGGUUGGGGGCUACACAUAGAGGGCCACAGUAUCAUGUUCUGUACUGCACUGAGCUACAUCUGUAUGAGGAUUCUGGGAGAAGGGCCUGAGGGUGGCCGAGAUGGGGCUGUUCCUAGAGCUCGCAAAUGGAUUCUUGACCAUGGCGGAGUUACAGCCAUGCCCUCUUGGGGAAAGACUUGGCUUUCGAUACUUGGAGUCUAUGAAUGGGAAGGCAGCAACCCAAUGCCUCCAGAGUUUUGGAUUCUUCCAUCCUUUCUUCCCAUGCAUCCAGCAAAGAUGUGGUGCUACUGUCGCAUGGUUUAUAUGCCAAUGUCCUAUUUAUAUGGAAAGAGGUUUGUGGGUCCCAUCACUCCUCUCAUUCUACAAUUGAGGGAAGAGCUUCACACUCAACCCUACCAUGAAAUAAAAUGGAGCAAGACCCGCCACAUAUGUGCCAAGGAGGAUCUCUACUACCCUCAUCCCUUCUUACAAGAUUUGCUGUGGGAUAGUCUUUACAUUCUUACUGAGCCUCUUCUCACGCGUUGGCCCUUUAACAAAUUGAUCAGAGAGAGGGCGCUGAAGACAACAAUGGAGCACAUCCACUAUGAAGAUGAGAACAGUCGAUACAUUACCAUUGGUUGUGUAGAGAAGGUGUUAUGCAUGCUUGCUUGUUGGGUGGAAGAUCCUAAUGGAGAUGCUUUCAAGCACCAUCUUGCCAGGAUCCCAGAUUACAUAUGGGUUGCUGAAGAUGGAAUGAAAAUGCAGGAAAUCACUGGAGUCUUCAUGAAGAACUGUAUGUUACACUAUGCAGCAUACAGAAACAUCUAUCCAGUGUGGGCACUUGGAGAAUACCGGAGGCGGGUUUUGAAACCAUCCAAGAACAUCCAAAAUUAA